AUGUCGUCGGACAUGUUGGAUGGCUACUGGCGGGCCCCGCCCAUCGCCAGAACCGUCGCAACGGCAGCAUUCGUGACUUCGAUAUCCGUAUACCUGGGGGCUCUCCCUGCGCAUUGGCUUACGUUCAUGCCCGAAAAACUUUUCACUUUUCCUCCCCAAGCUUGGAGGAUCUGGUCGAACUUCCUCGUCACUGGUCCCCAGCUGAGCCUGCUGUUUGACACGUACUUUCUGUACAACUACACAAGCGCCCUUGAGGUCGGCAACCCUCGUUUCUCCAAGAAGGAGGAUGUCAUAUGGUACCUCCUGUUUGUUGGCGGCGUCAUCACGCUACAGCGGUUCCUGAAAACGAGGAAGAUCACCCCCACGGCACAGCCGGUCCGCUACCUCAUUAGGGCUUGCCUCCUGGCUUUUUGGCGGUGGCUUCUUCCUCUCGGCCCUGAUCCUCGCCAUGUGCCGCACCGUGACCCAAGACCAGCGCGGCCAGAAGGCCAGCAUUCUACUUUCAUCACUAUUCCCGCCCAACUCAUGCCUUUUGCCAUGAUGCUCAUGUCUCUGCUGUUUCCCGGUGGCGCCAUGACAUUCCUCAUGCAGCUCAUUGGCUUCUUCGCCGCCCACCUGUUCGACUUCCUGACGAGGAUCUACCCGACCUUUACCGGCGGGCGGAACCUGCUGCCCACACCUGGGUUCCUGUCCCGCUUCGUCGAGACGCCUCGCAUCCUGGAGCGCAACUUUGGCACUGCUAUUCGUCCGCGAGCCGCUGAGCCAUCGACCGGGCGCACAACUGGCGCCGCCACCGGAGGCGGCCCCCUUCCCGAAGCAUGGAGGACCAGGGGUCCUGGCAGGCGUCUCGGGGAUUAG